GCAGACUGGCCUGGAUCUCGGCGGAGGUGGGAAACCCUUUCCUCCUCCUGUCCAGCUGUCUCUGGCCCGUACAGCCUGAUUGAUUGGCAGGACUCAGUGACCUUUGAGGAUGUGGCUGUGAACUUCACCCAGGAGGAGUGGGCUUUACUGGAUCCUUCACAGAAAAAACUCUACAGAGAUGUGAUGUGGGAAACCUUCAGGAACCUGGCCUCUAUAGGAAAACAAAAAGAAUGGAACAUUGAAGAGGAAUACAAAAACCAGGGGAGAAAUCUCAGAAGUCAGAUGGUAGAGAGACUCUUUGAAAGUAAAGAAGGUAGUCAUGGUGGAGAAAGUUUCAGCCAGAUUCCAAAUCUCAGUCUGAACAAGAAAACACUUUCUGGAGGAAAGCUAUGGGAAAGCAGUGUAUGUGGAAAAGUCUUGAGCCAUCAUUCAUCCCUUAACAGGCACAUUAUAUCUUAUAUAAGACACAAACUGUAUAAGUGUCAGGAAUACGGAGAGAAGCCCUAUAAAUGUAAGGAAUGUGGGAAACCCUUCAGUUAUCUGCAGUGUUUUAAAAAACAUAAAAGAACACACAGUGCAGGGAUAUGCUACAAAUGUAAGGCCUGUGGGAAAGCCUUCAGUUGUCAACGUUCUUUCCAAAUACAUGGAAGGACUCACACUGGAGAUAAACCCUAUAAAUGUAAAGAAUGUGGAAAGGCAUUCAGGUAUUACCAGUCUGCUCAAAGACAUGAAAAGGCUCAUACUGGAGAGAAACCGUACAAAUGUAAGGAAUGUGGGAAACCCUUCAUUUACCGCCAUUCUGCUCAAGCACAUGAAAGGAAUCACACUGUACAGAAACGCUAUGAAUGUAAACAAUGUGGAAAAACCUACAUAUCUUCUGUAGGUUUUCAAGCACAUGAAAGAACUCACACUGGAGAAAAACCCUAUGAAUGUCAAAAAUGUGGAAAAGUGUUUGUGUAUCACAACUCUGCUAAAAGACAUGAAAAGACUCAUACUAGAGAGAAACCCUACAAAUGUAGGGAAUGUGGGAAGGCCUUCAGUUAUCACUAUACUGCUCAAAAACAUGAAAGGAAUCACACUGCACAGAAACACUAUGAAUGUAAACUGUGUGGGAAAACUUAUAUGUCUCGUUUAGGGUUUAAAGCACAUGAAAGUAUUCACACUGGAGAUAAACCCUUUGAAUGUCAAAAAUGUGGAAAAGCAUUCAGAUAUUACUACUCAGCCCAAAGACAUGAAAGGAUUCAUACUGGAGAGAAACCCUACAAAUGUAGGGAAUGUGGGAAAGCCUUUUAUUGUUGCAGCUCUGCCAAAAGACAUGAAGGGAUACACACAGCAACGAAACAGUAUGAAUGUAAAGAAUGUGGGAAAAUGUACGUUUCUCUUCUAGGUUUGCGAACACAUGAAAGAACCCACACUGGAGAGAAACCCUAUGAAUGUAAACAGUGUGGUAAAGCCUUCAGUAAUUCCAGUUACAUUCACAUACAUGAAAGAAUUCAUACUGGAGAGAAACCCUAUGAAUGUAAAGAAUGCGGAAAAGUCUUCAGUUUUCGUACAGGCUUUCGAGUACAUGUCAGAAUGCACACGGGAGAGAAACCUUAUAAAUGUGAGGAUUGUGGCAAUGCCUUCAUUUGGCGCACAUCCUUACAAUACCACAUGAGGAAAGUGCACACUGAAUAGAAACUCUAUAAAUGUAAAAUAUCAAAAGUUUUUCAAUUUUAAUGCUUUUUAAAGUCAUGUGAAAGUUUAUACUGGAGAGUAGUUGCAUGAAUGUAAGUAAUACAGGAAAGCCUGAUACAAAUUAAUGCAGGCAUAAUGCUCUAGAAGAUUCAUGCCAUGAAAAACUAUUACAAAUGUACUGUUUUUAUCCGUGCCACAUCCUUUUUUUUCUUCCUAGUUUUUAAUAUAU